UUCUCUCUCUUCCACAGUUUUAUCACUAUCAAAUUCCAAAUCUCUUUAGGUCAAGUCAUAAACUCAAGAUCUUUUUCAUUAUAACAAGCUUCCAGACCUACCCCAUGAACGGUAAACCCUUCUCUCUCACUCUCUCUCUGUCCAUCCAAGGCUCACCAAAAACCCCACUAAAAAGCUAACAGAAGAGAGAAAGCCUAGUGGUAUAUAUUCAACUUAAACUACUCGUUUUCACUGCAAAACCCCCAUAUUCCAAUACCCUUUUAAGCGUUUCCUCCAUAUAUGUUGUAGUAAAGAAAAAGCCAUGGCAGACUCAGACAGUGAAUCGGGAGGAGCUCAAAACAACGCUUCAAACGCAACAGGGAACAGCGAGCUUUCCUCCCCCAAAGAGCAAGACAGGUUCUUGCCUAUUGCUAACGUGAGCAGGAUCAUGAAAAAAGCUUUACCUGCUAACGCCAAGAUAUCGAAGGAAGCUAAAGAAACGGUGCAGGAAUGUGUGUCUGAGUUCAUCAGCUUCAUCACAGGAGAAGCCUCUGAUAAGUGUCAGAAGGAGAAGCGGAAGACUAUCAACGGUGAUGAUCUGUUGUGGGCCAUGACGACGUUAGGUUUUGAAGAGUACGUGGAGCCCUUGAAGGUUUACUUGCAGAGGUUUAGGGAGAUGGAAGGGGAGAAGACCGCGGUGGCACGUGAAAAAGACGCUCCUCUUGCUGGAGGCGUCGGUGGCAGUGGUAGUGGGAUGUAUGGGAUGAUGGUACAUCAGCAUCAAGGACACGUGUAUGGUUCGAGUGGGUUUCAUCAGAUGGGUAGUGGGUUGGGUAAAGGUGGGCCUGGGAAUAAUUUGGGUGGGCCGAGGUAGUUCCUCACCUGUCAUCAUCAUGACACGUGUAUGGUUGUUACGAAAUUGAUAAAAAAAUCUGGCUUGGUAAUGGUUGGGCCUACUGGAAAUUGGAUAUACCCAGGUAGGUGUAUCAGUGGGUACACGUGUAAGCUUUAGGUGAUUUGGGCAACUUGGGCUGAAGGGUAGGCCUCUUAGGAUUAUGUUUUUUGUCUGAUAUUGUGUACUUCCCUUGGAAAUAUACAAUGAAUUCCUAAUUUUUUGUUGUCUUCCGUUGGAAUUCUUUCGUUCACUAUAAAUUUUAAUGGAAAUUCAUGGCCAUAUUAAGCACGUUAUUAAUUGAGUGAUGAACCGAUGGACUUAG